AGACCAGUCUUCGCUGCUUCCCGUUGAUACACUCAUCAAUCCAAGUCUAUGCCCAAGUCUAUAACGCAGAACAUCGCCCAAACUGAUCGCAUACACCAGUUUGUCCUCGAUCUUCCCAACAUGCUAGCUCUGGUCGCCAACAUGGCACUGAUCUCUUGUUACAUGUGAUACAAACAGCAAGUUUUGCCAAUUAAGCUAUUUUCUUUAUCGCUUUCUUUUAUUUUAAACCGAAAAACGGAAAAGAGUUGAGUUGGACAACUAAGUACUAUUGUACAAUAUUCAGCAAAUAUCUUACCGUGUUCUCUCUUCCCCUCCCAAUCCGACUCUACCAUGAUCGAUCUCAUCGAGAUGAAGGUCAGGUAACACCAAUCAAAAUGGAGGGAAUUCAUCAUAGGUAAAUGGCGGUAGGUUGAAUCCAGCUGUACGGACCCCAAUUGAGCCUCCAACAUCACCCCAGCGUCCAGUCAGAGGCGUAACAAAGGGGUUGAGAAAUUGCCAGAGUGCUACCACUUAGAUCCUACGGAGGAUAAUAUCAGCCCUACAGACAACACAGUGGCGUGUGGUGUGGCACUGACGAUUGUCCAUUUGACAAUAACUACGGGGUAGGGUCCCUCGGCCGUGUGUCAUGUCGCUGCCUGUGGCGCAACCUUCUGUUGUGGGGUGGAACGGUGAGCGGUAUUAUCGUACUUUGUUAUAGUGUCGGACCACUCCGUGGUGUGACUAGGCCAACCAUGGUUCUGGCCCAUCAACCACGCCAAAUUCGACGUCUUGCCUGCGACUUCACAACUUACACUGCGCUUCAAACAUUGACUUUGCCACAGCUUUCGACAGGUAAGAUGAGGUCAAUGUGAGCGGUAUGCUAUAGAGCUCUCCGCAGCCAAGCUUGAGAGGCAAACUUCUGGCCAGUCUGGUCGUGGCAUAUCAAAGCCCCCUCUUCUAAUCCCCCAUACCCAGGUUUCCACACAAGGUGACUGGUAUUCAGCCAGGACAUAACCACUGCUCUGGUCUCCAAGCAUCAACAUAGCCUAGUCAACCCCGAACCAUGCCUCACAAGAUGCGAUUCACAACCAUGAGCACGACGGAGAUGACAACAUUGCCGGAAGUUUGCAAGCUGGCGUGGCACACCUUCUACGGAAUGCAAAAGGCAUCGGAAGAUUUCGAGAACCUCCGAUUCGAAGUGUGGACGGUGGCCAUCAGCCUGGAUGCCUUGCACAGUGUGGGCACUACUUCAUUGUUGAUCGAUCGACAAGCAGACCAUGCUAGAUGGGCCCUUACAUUUUCCAAGAUCCUGACCUCACUGGGAUCAGCUCUCCGACCACUAUACAAUCUGGUCCGUCAGUACCUAAUGAGUUCAUCCAAGGAGAGGACCACAAUCAAAACCUGGCUACUACACACAGACGUGACAUUUGACGGACUCACGGUUCAAGAUUUUCGACGAAAGCUCUCGAUGCUGGUGGAAAGCCUCAACGUCUUUCUUUCCUGUCUGACCCACGCCGAACUCGCUAGAGCCAGAGAAUUGUCGGAGUCGGAAGAGUAUCGAGUGUUGUCCGAAGUUACACGGACGGUGCUUCACAAAUGGGAUGCUGACAUUGGUACGAAUGGCCAGAGAUCAGAACAGAACCCGGCUGGGGGGUUUGGCCAAGUCGGAUACACCACCACCACCACUACCACUACCACUACCAACACCAACGGUAACAGUAACAGUAACAUCAAGAACGAAUCUUCUGGAACAUCAUACCCCCGGCCAGGAGUACCACCAUCACCACUCCGCCCAACAUACAAUCAAACACAAUCAGCACCACGACUACCACCACAAAGACUUAACGCCACUACAACAAACACCACGACCACAUCCACAUCACCUUCCAAUACCAAAGGCCUCAACAUCGAGGACAUUGAAAUCGGGUUCCGGACACAUUUACAUGCCAUGAGGCGGAUCCGGGAACAACUACACCACCAAUCAAUCAACAGCGGACACCCCGAAGACCAACAUUCGCCACGAUUCAUGACGGUGAAUUCAGGCCGGAGCAAUUUCUGGGGUGGACAAGCACCAUUAACACCGACGACACCAACACUGCACAAUCACCCGAUGUCGUCGCCACGACAAGGAGAUCUACAUCGAGACAGAGGAUACCCCGAAAGCACGAGCAGCGUGAGCAGCAACCAAAGCCAACAUGAAGGUGGAUCGUCAACCAACACCUCGGACAGCGGAAGUGUUGUUGGUGGCACAACAAGCACCACCAAUGGUACUGUUGGCGCUGCUACUGCUCCUACUACUGGCAUGUUUUCACCGACCCAAGCACGACACAGCUCACGACCACUCGUCCAAACAACAGUCCCAUCACCACAAACCCACCGGUCAACACCCGCCGGAGCAUACCGGAAGCGGAAGCGAAUUUCCCAAUAUCGGUUCAAGACCGGCGCGAUGGAUGCGGAUCAAGCAGGGAGUCAUUCCAGUGACGGCGAAGGAUCGGCGGACGGUUCAGAUGACCUUGUCGAGGAUCAUGGCCCCAGAGGUGUGCUUGAGCAAAUGCUUACGGCAGUAUUGUUCUUCGACCAGUGAGUUUCUGUGAGUCAGUGUGGGAACUAAUCAGUGUCGGUGUCGGUGUCGGUGUCAGUGUCAGUGUCAGAGACAGAGAAGAUUGAAGCAAAUCAUGAAAUCCUCAGAAAUAUACGAGACCAGAGGCGGCAAAGGAAACGAAAGGAGGGGGUUGGGUUGGGAUUUUAUUUACGAAUGAUAUGGGGAGUGGGUGGCGGAUUAGUAUUGGUGCAGUGUGGAGUACUAUGAGGAGGGGAUGGGAUGGGAUGGCAAACCAUGCCAUGAAGGACACAUUUCUUCACCGAAACAACACGCAUCUCUUGACUAAAUGAAAGAGGCAAAGAGGGAUGGUUUGGCGGUGUGGGGGAGGUCCAAAGUAGUGUCUAUCUCCUGGUGGGAGGCCUUUUUGCUCAUUAUUCAUCCAUAUAUCCAUAUAUCCAUCCCUCCAUACUACAACUUUUAUAAGCGAGUCAGUGAGCUUUCACAAGCAACGGUUCAAGCAACAGGUAACAAUGAGCAUGAAUGCAUUUGAUUAAUUGAUA